AUGGAGGCGGCCGCGGCACCGAGCAGGCAUGCAGCGGGGCGUGUGGCGAGUCGGCCCGGCGACAGCGAAGAGAAGAGCCCGCCGGAGAGGAGGGUUUACAUGGACUACAACGCAACCACCCCCCUGGAGCCAGAGGUUGUCCAGGCCGUGACCGAGGCCAUGCGGGAAGCCUGGGGAAAUCCCAGCAGCCCUUACCCGGCAGGUAGGAAGGCCAAGGAUAUUAUCGAUGCAGCUCGGGAGAACCUUGCGAAAAUGAUAGGCGGGAAGGCCCAAGACAUCAUCUUCACUUCCGGGGGCACUGAGUCCAAUAAUUUGGUGAUUCACUCGGUGGUGAGGCAGUUCCAAACCAUCCACACCUCCAGGGGGGACACAGCCAAGCAGCCUAGCCCAGCGGAGGGGGCCACGCCCCAUAUCAUCACCUGCACUGUGGAGCACGACUCCAUCCGCCUGCCUCUGGAGCACCUGGUGGAGGAGCGAGUGGCCGAGGUCACCUUCGUCCCUGUGUCCACGGUGAACGGGCAGGCAGAGGCUGACGACAUCCUGGCAGCUGUCCGCCCUGCCACAUGCCUGGUGACCAUCAUGCUGGCGAAUAACGAGACCGGCGUCAUCAUGCCCAUCCCUGAGAUCAGCCGGCGAGUUAAAGCCCUGAACCAGGAGCGGGCGGCUUCCGGGCUGCCUGCCGUUCUCCUGCACACGGAUGCCGCGCAGGCCCUGGGGAAGAGGCGCGUGGACGUGGAGGACCUGGGCGUGGACUUCCUGACGAUCGUGGGGCACAAGUUCUAUGGCCCCAGGAUCGGAGCCCUGUAUGUCCGAGGGCUUGGGGAACUGACCCCUCUGCACCCCAUGCUGUUCGGAGGCGGACAAGAACGGAAUUUCAGGCCGGGGACGGAGAACACCCCGAUGAUCGCUGGCCUCGGGAAGGCUGCUGAGCUGGUGGCAGAGAACUGCGAGGCUUAUGAGGCCCACAUGAAGGACGUGCGCGACUACCUGGAGGAGAGGCUGGUGGCUGAAUUCGGUAAGAAGAAAAUCCACCUGAACAGCCAGUUUCCGGGGACUGAGCGGCUCCCCAACACCUGUAACUUCUCCUUCCGGGGACCCCAGCUCCAAGGCCGCUCGGUGCUGGCUCAGUGCAGGACGCUGCUGGCCAGUGUGGGGGCCGCGUGCCACUCGGACCAGGGGGACCGGCCGUCCCCGGUGCUGCUGAGCUGUGGCGUCCCCUUUGACGUGGCCAGGAACGCGCUCCGGCUGAGCGUGGGCCGCAGCACCACCUGGGCCGAGGCCGACCUCGUGGUGCAGGACCUGAAGCAGGCCGUGGCCCGGCUGGAGGGCCAGGCCUAG